AUGCAACUGCAAAGCAUCGUUUCCUACUUUCAUACAUUGAUGCUUUUGGAGGCCAUGUUGCAGAACCCCUCGGAUCUCUUGUGCAAGGUAUCUGCGCUGGAAAUCUGCUCCAGUGCCAUUGUCGCGCUGUACUACACCCACAACUGUGCCAAGUUUGACGACGUGUCGGGACAGGGCACCACCGAGCAGCUGUCCAUACAAAAGGCAUCGCUCAAUGGGCUACACCAGCUCGCACCGGCAAUUUCACAAUUUGCAUCGAAACUGACAAUUGGACUCCAGAGUGGCGCCUAG